GGGCGGAGGCCGGGGCAGGCAGCGCCGCUGUCACAUAAUAAAGGAGGGAUCUGCCGCUCCGCGCUGAACGCUUCAUCCAUCGUUACAUUUUUGGAUCCUUUUUUAUUUUUUUCCCUGCUCCCCAUCAUGGCGGCCAAGUCGGACGGGAUGCUGAAGAUGAAGAAGAGCGACGUCGCCUUCACCCCGCUGCAGAACUCGGAUCACUCGGGCUCCGUGCAGGGCUUGGCUUCGGGAUCUCAGCCGGGCUCCGGUGCAGGGGACGGGGGCUGCUCGGACGGCGGCUCCCGGUGCUGCUGCAGCAGAGUGGCGGCCGGGGGAGGCGGGGGGUCUCCGGCGCUAUGCCUGCGCCUGGCCCGGGAUCAGCGGCGCUACUCGCUGUGGGAUUGCCUGUGGAUCCUGGCCGCGGUGGCCGUGUACUUCGCCGAUGUGGGCAGCGACAUCUGGCUGUCAGUGGACUACUACGUGCGGGGCUAUCGCUGGUGGUUCGGGCUGACGCUGUUCUUCGUGGUGCUGGGCUCGCUGUCCGUGCAGGUGUUCAGCUUCAGGUGGUUCGUCCAUGACUUCAGCACCGAGAACAGCGCCCAGUGCUCCCCGGUGGACGCUAAGACUGCAGCGAGUGCGGCGCCGGGGGAGGCGGAUGUGCGACCUUCUACCCCGCAGAGACAGGCGUCUACGGCCAGCAACAAGCCCGGCAACCCGGCCAGCACCGCCCGGCCCGCCAGUCCCAGGUCCGCUUCGUGCUCCUUCUGCAUCUGGCUCCUGCAGUCAGUCAUCCAUAUCCUGCAGCUAGGACAGCUCUGGAGGUAUUUUCAUACCAUAUAUUUGGGGAUUCGAAGCAGGCAGAGUGGAGAGCAUGAGCGAUGGAGAUUUUACUGGAAGAUGGUAUACGAGUAUGCAGAUGUGAGUAUGUUGCAUUUGCUUGCGACAUUUCUGGAAAGCGCCCCCCAACUUGUCCUGCAGCUCUGCAUUGUCGUGCAGACUCAAAGCUUACUGGCCAUUCAAGGUCUAACCGCUGCCGCUUCCCUUGUAUCCUUGGCUUGGGCCCUGGCAUCCUACCAAAAGGCACUACGGGAUUCGAGAGAUGACAAGAAACCCAUCAGUUACAUGGCUGUGAUCAUCCAGUUCUGCUGGCAUUUCUUCACCAUUGCAGCAAGAGUUAUAACAUUUGCUCUUUUUGCCUCAGUUUUCCAACUCUAUUUUGGAAUAUUUAUUGUCCUUCACUGGUGCAUCAUGACCUUCUGGAUCGUGCAUUGUGAAACGGAGUUCUGCAUAACUAAGUGGGAGGAGAUUGUGUUUGACAUGGUAGUUGGAAUAAUCUAUAUCUUUAGCUGGUUUAAUGUCAAGGAAGGAAGGACACGGUGCAGGCUGUUUAUUUAUUACUUUGUCAUCCUUCUGGAGAACACUGCCUUGAGUACCCUGUGGUACAUAUAUAAGUCCCCCAAAAUCCUGGAUGCAUUUGCUAUCCCAGCACUGUGUGUAGUGUUUAGCAGCUUUUUAACUGGUAUUGUUUUUAUGCUUAUGUACUAUGCCUUCUUUCAUCCUAAUGGACCUAGAUUUGGGCAGUCACCAAGCUGUGCUUGUGAGGACCCUGUAACUGCCUUUCCCUUGCCCCCCGAUGUGCCUUCGAGCACUCUAAGAUCUAUGUCCAAUAACCGGAGUGUUACCAGUGAUCGAGAUCAAAAAUUUUCUGAAAGAGACGGCUGCAUGCCAGUUUUUCAGGUGAGGCCAACAGCCCCUUCAACUCCAUCCUCAAGGCCUCCAAGGAUUGAAGAAUCUGUUAUAAAAAUUGACCUGUUUAGAAACAGGUAUCCAGCUUGGGAAAGACAUGUGUUGGAUAGAAGUCUCCGUAAGGCAAUUUUAGCUUUUGAAUGUUCACCUUCUCCCCCUCGGCUGCAGUAUAAAGAUGAUGCACUUAUUCAGGAACGUCUGGAAUAUGAAACAACGUUGUAACAAAGACAACGGAAAAUUCCAACAACAAACGUCGAUGACUGUAAAAAGCUGCAACCUUAAUCUGAAAAAUAAAACUUGGCAGCCCUUUGGUGGCUAAGAGGAAACUGCAUAGUCUCUACCAGAUUGGAUCUACAAGCCAUGGCUAAUAAUGUCAUGGAAACCAUUCUAAAUGGCUAUUCAUCAUGAUUAUCAUUCUUUCAAUAUUAUGAUAGGUGAAGAAAAAUUGCUGAUGGUGCAUUCCAUGACAAUUGAAUAGGUGAACGUCUAUAUUAAAGGGAACAUAAAAACCAAGGGCAGUAAAUCUAGGUAGUGUAGGCAAUGUGUUGUCUAGUACUGUGUUACCUUACCUUCAUAUAGGUACCAUAAAUGUCUUAAGAAUUGUAACGUCUACAAGAUGCUGUAUGUAACAACCUCCAGAAAGGUGAUCAUAUGACAACAGGCAACCUCUGUGCUUCAGGUCUUUGCACACCAAAGUUAAAUGUGGAAAUUGUUAAAACUAAAGUACAUGACAGAUGUCCCUCCUAGGGUAUGUUUUCGAAAUCAAAUUUUCUACAGUAAGUGCAAUACAAAAUAAUAAGAAAUACCCACAUUUAACUAUCACUGCUGUAGAAAUGUAAGGGCUCGGGUGCUUAAUCACAAGCAUGGCCCCAGGGCAAAGAUCAUUUCCAUUUUGUCUGUUAAAUAUACACAACUUUAGUGGGUCAGGUGUGCCAGCAAAGAUGGUGGACAGCAAUGUGUUUGGUUAUCUGUGUGAAAGUACUCAGCAGAGAAAAAUAAUAACAGGAAUAGAGACCUAAAUGAUAAUCAUGAUGACAUACCCAGCAGGCAAAAAAACAAGAUAUGUAGGCGAAAUGUGUACAAUGUUAUACUGUAUGUGGUACUUUUUAUGGUGAAAAAAAAAAAAGCAAUUAGUUCAUUGUACUAUACAGGGGAUCAGGUUCAGGACUCUAAAUGCAUGGCUCCAUGUCAUAUAUGCAGGUAUGAUAACUUAUCAAAAAUGAACUGAAGCCGUACCCUCCUAGUGCCAAACAUUACGUAGUGUAUAUGAUUGCUCUUGUUGCCUGAUGAACACAGAACAUGUGGCAUGAUGAGCCGUGCAAGAGUAUGAAGCCAGAAGGUGUAUAUCAGUUCUCCAUAUGUACAGACAGCUCACCUUUUAUAUCUAUAACCAAGUAAAAUGAUGACUUUUAGAGGCUCCUGGGUCGUCUACUAGUAAGUAUACACAGUGCCGUAGAAUAAAUUACAUUUGUGGAAGAUCAUUCUGGUCCUAGUCAAGACUUGCUUUCAUGUUAAUACAGAACCACACAGAAGCAACUGUAAGAGAGUGGUUUGUUACUGCAAUUUUUUAGGUCAGGCCUACACAUAAAAAAAAAAAAAUAUAUAUAUAUAUAUAUAUAUAUAUAUAUAUAUAUAUAUAUAUAUAUAUAUACAUGUAUAUCCCAGUGGUGCUUUCAGUAGUAAGAGGACAAGAUGCAAUCUCUUUGCAAAUCCCAAGAGUUAAUUUAUAUAUUUACUGGAUAACCGAAGGUAUUUUUUUAUAGACUGUGGGGUUUUCAAGUGCCCCUACAAUCUACGUCCAUAGAUCAACUAUGUUAAUGCAGGUUGGUAAAGCCUAAAUCUGGUGGAAUUCCUCAGAUUCUUUCAUCAGAUUGUAUACUCUGUAUAGUGAGAAUAAUUAUAUUGAUCCAUACCUACACAUGGCUACAGCCAACUUGUAUUAAUGGAAUGCCUUUCUCCGGUACUCAGCACUUUGUAAUGCUGAUCUUUUUUUGUUAACUGUUCUUUCUUCGAAAGCACAAGCAUUCACGUAACAGUAUACAAAACUAGCAAGUCAAGAUACAAUCAGAUCCAUUCAGGUUCAUGCAGUAUUCACCAAGAGGUGCUGUACUUUAAAUGGUUAGGGGUCUAUGUGAUGUUUAUGUAAAUUCAUACCUUGCAACUGUGAAAUGAUCAAGUAGUCCAAUGUAAUGUUAAAUAGCAUUGUUAAAUGUAUAAGGUCAGUCCCAUUAGGCAUAUACAGAAGAAAAAUCCCAAAAAUUCUGCUGCUGAAUGACAUUUUACAUGAUAACACCAGGGGUCAAGUCCUGGGAAUAAAAGUGAAGGAACUCACCCAAGAUUUUCACCCAAGGGCUGGACCUGCAGGACUCUUGCUAAUGGGAACAAUGUUACUGCUGUGGUAAAAGUGCAGGAACUUAGUUCCCAUGCGUUCCUGCAGGACUUGAGCCCUGGAUAAUAUGUAAUAAUAGACUUAUGGAUAUCCAAGAUUUCUUAUAUGUUAGGCGAGCUUAAGUGGUUAGGCCAGUCAUCAAUAGGUUAGGCUAUGUUUGAUCUUAUUAGGCAUAAACAACUAACAUUUAAGUAGUCUCUAAAUCUGAGCUCAGGGGGCUCGACUUAACAGUUUAGCCAGGCCUUAAAGGGGUACUCUGACCCUAGACAUCUAAUCCCCUAUCUAAAGGAUAUGAGAUAAGAUGUCUGAUUGUGGGGGUCCAGCCACUGGGACAUUAUAUUCAGAACGCUGGGUGGGGCGGCCGUGGUUGUGACAUCACGCCAUGCACCCUCGUGACCUAACGCCCCUUCCAUUCAUGUCUAUGCAUGUCCUGACACCCAUAGACAUGAAUGGAGGGGCGUGACAUGAUGUCACGACCACGGCCAGCCAAACCCUGCGUUCUGAAUAUAAUGUUCAGAACGCCAAGGUGCCUGCAUGGAGAUAGUGGAUAAGAUGUCAACGGGCGGAGUACUCCUUUAAGAGUUCCAAGAAUCUGCAAGACAAACCUAGGAUAUUAAAAGUAGACCUUGUUGAUGUGAUUCUACAGAGUUUUAGGUGUCCUUGACCUUGGAAUCCAUAAGAUGUCUAAACCUGCAGCAAAUGCAAACAAUUCUCAAUGCAAUGACUUAGCACCAAGGUAGUCUAUUCAUGUUAUGUUAUAUGUUGCUCCCAUCAAAGCGUUUUAUAUUAAAUGGUAAAUUCUUGUUAAAAUCUAAUGUAAAUCACUUUCUAAAUACUGUAAUUCAUUAGAAGUCACAGAAAAGUUAUGUUGAAUAAAUACUUAUUGUGACCUGUAUAUUGGGGGUUAAUGAAGAAACAGUGUGUGACAUUAAUUGUAUCUCACAUUUUUGUUACGGAAACCCCACUGUGUAAACUUUAACCCGAUAACUUCCCGACUCAUAAGCAAAACACACAAAACCUCUGUAUCUGUAAAUAGUGACAUACAUUUUAUGGGAAAUGACAAAUAUUUUCUUUUUAUUAUUUAGAGAAGGUUUGUUAAUUUUUUUAAAUAUUAAUAAUAUUUCACAAGUUUUAAUAAGGACUCUGCUCGAAAUGAAGGUUUCCUUUUACAGAUUAGGGAAACCCAGCCAUAGUGGAGUUCUCUUAGUUUACUGAACAGCUGUAGAACAUACAGUUGAUGUCAAGUCUGGUAUUAGCGGGACAUCAUUGGCUAACAUACAACACUGAGCAAAGCCAAUGCUCCGGUUUAAUCUUCUGUAAAGCAGGAGGGGUUUUAAAAAUGUAUAGUUAAAAGAAUGAAAAAGGCUAUAAAAUAGACAAAUAUUGAUAUCUGUACUUUAUAUAAUGAAGCCAAUUCUGAUUAGCAACCAUCACUGGUGCUGUAAAAACACUGGAGACCCGCGGCCUCUUGGUCGUGUUAUGUCGCAGAGAAAUCCCUGACAGAGUUGACAUAUACAUGUUUAUUGUGCUAAAACUGAUGUCACAGCCAAUUCAAUAUGCAUCAGUUGCAAUGAAAAAAGGAUGUUGACACCACCUUUUGGGGGUAGAUUUAUUUCUUUACGAAGCCUUAGAACAUGACUGGAUAUUUAAUAAGCCGAGCCAGAAACACCCCUAGAAGGGGAAGUUAUCUAUCUGUAGACAUCUGUUUUGGAGUCAUUGCCCCUGGUCAGUACAGAGCAGGGUGCUGAUUGGCUGCAGAAAGGCCUAUUGUCAGUCUUUGUCGCAUUUACUAGUACUGAACGCUACAAUAGACAUUCUCCAAUCCAGCAUCUGACUGUUGUCGGUUGCACUGACAACAGAAGGAUCUGUUCUGGAGUCAGUUUCCCUGGCGUUUUACUACCACACCGGGAAAAACUGCUGUACUAUAUAUAUAUGUAUGUAUAUAUAUAUAUAUAUAUAUAUAUAUAUAUAUAUAUAUAUACUGCUUUUAGUCAUGACUUUCUUUCUCUUGCUCAGUCUUCCUGCCUAUGCUGUACUAGACAAUUCCUCAUAUCCAGCGCAUGCUCAGAGAAGGCUGAGUAGGAGGUCAACGCACUAGGGUAUACUAUGGCAUCAGUGGAGGAAUCUGCAACAUAGAUAAAGUUUCUUUCCUCAGUAAAGUAUUUGGCUAUUUUGUGCUCUUUCUACUGUAAAGAAGCCAACUUAUUUAGAGUGUAAAUUUCCCAAUAGUUUGUAGUCAAAUUAGCGUCUCUUCCCUUAGAACAUAUCACGUGCCAUGCAAUGACUACUGGAAACAAAGGAAGUGCCACCUUCCUUUAAGUCCUAAACAUACUUUGUUGAUGGAUCUAUAAGAUGUUAUUUAUGUCAGCAAAAAUUCACAAACAAUUCUAACCCAGUUUAUAUGCCACUUUGACUAACAGUAUUGGCUUUAAUCUUCUAAGAAACCAAGGGAGCCAAUUUCAUUACAAUAUCACCAGUGAUGGUUGAGGAACCUAAGCAAAACCCCCAGCCAACUAAUCAUGGAGCCAUCUUAUGAGGAAGUCUAUCCUACUUUUGAGUGGAGUAAUUAUUAUUAUUUUUUUUUUAUGUAUGAGUCCCCAGAAUUAAAAAUAAACAUAACCAAAGAUGAUUCUCCAAGGUGAAUUCGAUAUAAAUGUUUUCAAGUCAUGUGCUGUCUCUGGUUAUAAAGUAUCUUUAUAGGAUAAUCAGUCAUAUGUUGCCACCUGUAACAAAAGAAAAUAAGUAUGCUGAUUUUGGAAACAAAUUUCACAUAAGAAUAAGCAUGCCAAGGAAAUAAAUUGUGAAUUCUUGACUCCUAGGAAAAUGGUAAAAUAUAUUUGUGCGUAUGUGUGUGUGUGCAAAUCAAUGCAAACUUUGGUGCUGUAAAAAUUUAAUUUACUUAAAAAGAAUCUUUUGUUAUGAAAUUAUUUAUCAUUGGUAAAGUUAAUAAGGUAAAAAUGUAAGUUAUCAAGUUGAUUGACAAAAUAUAGUUGGCUUUUCACCAGUGUCA